ACCAACAAUAGUAACGCCCCCAAGACUAAUAAUAGUAACGCCUCCAAGACCAACCUCCAAGACCAACGAUAAUAAUACCUCCAAGACCAACAAAAGUGACGCCCCCAAGACCAAUGAUAGUAACGCCCCCAAGACCAAUGCUAGAAAUGCCCCCCAGACCAAUGAUAAUAACGCCCCCAAGAACAAUGAUAAUAAUACUCGAAAGAACCUCUAUACUUACGAUAUCUAUGAUGAUGAACCGAUUUCGCAUUACUACGAAGACUACGGAGAUAGAGUUAGGGAUAACAAAUCCAUUGCGAGUUAUAUGUGGUAUUCAACGGGCGAUGAUGAUGGUAGUGAUAAUGAUUAUGUUCCUUAA